AUGGACGGCACCACUUCGCCGGCCCUACCACAACCCUCCCCGUCGCCCGCACCCCACCAAGCGUCUGUGCUUCAACCCGACGACAGCACCGCGACGCAGACGAACGAGCGGGCAGACAGCUCGCAGGGAGGACUAGAAGGGUCCGAGCCGUGGCUCACGCCGAAGCGCGAGCGCUCUCCUUCAACGUCUUCGACUCGAGCCACUCCCCAAGCCGACGGCGGACCUCUUCGCAAGAGGGCCAAGAUGGCGAAGUGGACGCGAGAGGAAGAACUCGCUUUCCUCGAGGUCCGGAAGAGCGACGUCGAUCUGGACUGGGAUCCCCUGGCCGAAAAGCUGGCGGCGAGGGGAUUUCCAAAGCGUAGCGGUGCUGCCCUCAAGGCUCGCUGGGUGGCCAAGGAUGGGUCCAACGAUAGUCCUGGUCUUGGUUCGGAACGGGUUAGGCCCACUUGGUCGGCGCAGGAGAAAGUCGAUCUCCUUGCCAUUGCGACGCGCGGGGGCGCAUGCUGGAUGCCCGACUUCCGCAAGUCGUCCAUCAAGUGGGAUACUUGGACGCCCUUCUUCCCCGGAAGAACAAAGACGGAAGUGAGCUGGAAGGCGCACGACUUGCGCCAGACGGAGGAGAAGAAGUUGGCGAGGAUUGGCCUGAAGCCGACCGCAAGCCAGGAGGUGCAGCUAAGAUGGCAGCAACUGAAGGCUGCGGCCGCGAUAUCUUUUCGUCAUUGGACGCCGUCCACGCCAGUCCCUGCGUAUGCCAUUCCCCCUCCAGCACCAACACCGGGUCCGUCACAGCCUACACCUAUCGCCGCCUCCACCAGCGCGACCUCUCAGACAGUCGCCCAGGACACCACGGCUGCCGCUCUCACCUCUAGCUCUUUCACAACGUACACGGCGAUGCCUCAGCCCUCUCCUCUUGACGCCAAACCUCUCGAGAGGGCAAACCCGGCUACGCCUCCGAGCGACUCCGUAUCAUCCCGUUUCAUCUCGCCAGUCUUUCCCGCAUCUUCCUCGUCCUUGUCAUCUCUCUCCACUCAACCUGUCGACGUCCUCGACACCAAACAUCCCGACAUCGGUCCCCUCGCCACCUUGACGUCCGGCGACAUGCAGCCACUUUUCGACAAGCUCGUCUCUGGCUUAUGCACACACCUCGCCAAGAAGCUCGACUCUGUACAAGCUGUCAACGCUGGGGACGCUUCGAUAGGCGCAUCGGCGAUACUGGCAGCAGGAGAAGCGGGAGGUUCAGGGACGGGAACGAGGAGGACGAGCGACGGAGCGCGCGGGCAGGCUGCGGCGGGCUGGGGCGACGAGGAGGACCUGUCGUGGCUUCCGCGGACGGAGAGAGGCGUCGCGCUGGUGAAGCGGCUACGCGGAAUAGCGGCACGGUUAGCGGCGUGA